AUGCAGCUUCCAAAGAUAUUCGGGAUCUCCAUCCUGGCUUUCGCCACCGGCUCGAUCGCAGAAUGCUUGGUUUCUGGGAACAGAUUUGAAGACUGCUGCUGGGGCACCGACGAUGGCAACAGUGCUUGUAAGCGACACACCGGUACUGGAGUGUGCAACGAUGAUGAUCUCAACUUCUGCAAGAAUAUCGGGGCCAAUGGGGAGGUGGUAACAGGGACCGGACUGACUUGCUGGUAG